GCAUUAAAGCUACUCGGAAUAUCAACUUCUGAAGUUGAUAGAGAAAUGGUUGAAGAGUGGAGAAAAAACGCAGAUACCCACAAGAUGAGUCCAGAGGAGGUAAGAGCAGCAGGUGUGGAAGCAUCCAAGAGGCCACCAGGCCACAACCCUGGAGGAGUGCUGCACCAAACACGCAGGCUUCCGGUUUCCAUGACUACUAUGACAGUCGGCGGCCUUCUCAUCACCGGGGUCAUAGCAUAUUCCGUGUUGUACACCAGGAAGAAACGUGAAGCUAGUGCACUUGAUGUUGCCAAGGUGACAGCAAGCGUUGCCGACCCCAGUGAUACUCAUCCCAGGAAGUAGCAUCUACAAUAAUACCCAAGUUCUAAGAGCAUUUUUGUAAUGGCGUUUUCUUCUUUAUGCAAACAAUAAAACUAAA